AUGCUCUACUACAGCGGCUUUACUCGUCGAAUAGGAGAUGUCGACGAUGGCUCUACUGUUACAGAUUUCCUGCCUGCUGAGCGAGCAAGGGGAAUCACCAUUCAAUCAGCAGCUGUCACCUUUCACUGGCCUCCUCAUCACGAAGGCCAUACCUCUAGCCCGGACAGUCCAAGAUCACACAAGACACAUACUAUCAACUUAAUCGAUACACCUGGACAUGCAGACUUCACUUUUGAAGUUCUUCGAUCCCUGCGAAUCCUCGACGGAGCAGUAUGCAUUCUGGAUGGUGUUGCUGGCGUCGAAGCUCAGACCGAAAAGGUAUGGGCUCAAGCAGACAAAUAUAGCAUCCCAAGAAUCGUGUUUGUCAACAAGCUCGAUCGAGAUGGAGCAGCUUUUGAAAGGACCGUCAAAGAGGUCGGCUCAAGAUUACGAGGUUGGCCAGCUGUAUGCCAAAUUCCUUGGUGGGAAGGAGGAAAAGGCCGAUUCUGUGGUGUUGGGGAUGCCAUCAACCUCUGUGCUUUGAAAUGGGAGGAGGGUGGUGAUGGGAAGACCAUCGAGAAUCUCAGCAUGGAGCAACUAGCGCAGUAUGAUCCUGGAUUUCGUUCCGAGCUGCUCAAGGCUCGUGCAGCUCUUGUUGAAUCUCUUUGCGAGUACGACGAGCAACUAUUCGAGACUUGGCUUGGGUGCGCCAGACUUCCCCCGCAAGCUAUCAAGGAUAGCCUGAGACGGUGUAUUCUCGACGGUACUGGAGAACUUAUCCCUAUUUUCGCAGGAGCAAGUUUCAGAAACAUAGGCGUACAACCUCUUCUCGAUGCUGUUGAUGAUCUACUACCAGAUCCGGCUGAGAGACCCGAUCCCGAGAUCAUUUUGGGCACUCAAAAGGCUGGGCUGUCGGAUCUGCUUAGCGGAAGAUUAUCUCUCGGGACAAGUGCUAGUAAGCAAUUGACCAAGAAGAUAACUUCUUCCACUGCCUUGGUAGCUCAGAUUGAGGCAUGCGCACUUGCUUUCAAAGUGGUCAAUGACGCACGCCGUGGCGUUCUUGUUUACAUCAGAGUCUACUCAGGUUCUGUGAAACGAAAUGCUGCACUGUGGAAUACCAAUCUACAUGUUACCGAAAGAGCUCAGAGAUUAUUCCAGAUGCAGGCGUCGGAUGCAGUGGAUAUAUCGCACAUCUCUGCAGGACAGAUCGGAGUCAUAGCAGGCCUAAAGCAUGCACGCACGGGUGAUACCUUGAUAUCAUAUCCAGGUGUGAACCCAAAGACAGGACCACCAGCGCCGUUGAACUCAUUGCAACUACAGCCCAUCGAUGUUCCGCCUCCGGUUUUCUUCGCAGCCAUUGAACCACACAGUCUUAGUGAGGAGAAGAAUGUGGCUGAGAUUCUCAAUCUCUUGUUGAGAGAAGACCCAAGCUUACAUGUGAAUGUUGACGAGGAAUCGGGCCAGAUGCUCUUGAGUGGCAUGGGAGAGCUUCACCUCGAAAUUGCAAGAGAUCGUUUGGUCAGUGACUUCAAAGCUAAAGCCACCAUGGGCAACAUCGAAAUCAGCUACCGAGAAUGUGUCCUCGCGCCAACUGGUACACAUCGACUUGUCUUUGAUCGUGAGAUAGCAGGCAAAAAAGGAAAAGCAGGCUGUGAAGCAAGUAUCUCGCAAAUCGAUGAGUUUGCAGUCGAGCAAGACUACACUGUCCACCAAGACGGAAACACAAUCAGUGUCCAUAUUUCCUCGUCCCAGCACGGAGACGGCAGCCCUUCUCUUCCUACAGAUCUACCUGUGGCUGUCGUUCACGAAGCUCUCAUCAACGGCACGGUGGCAGCCUUAGCCCGUGGCCCUCGACGAGCCUUUCCGUUACAUGCCAGUCAUGUCAUAUUGAAGUUCGAUCCAGCAAUAGAUUUCUUCGGCUCCGAUACUUCACCAGCUGCUCUCUCCUCAGCAGCCCGACUAUCUGUACAAGCAGCACUCAAGGAAGCCUUCUCAAAAAACUGCAUUGGUCUCAUGGAACCCGUCAUGAACGUGGUCAUUACCUGCGACCAAUCUUCUCUUGGAGAUAUCGUGCAUGACACUUAUUACGCAAGAGAUGGACAAGUUCUCUCCUUAGGAACAGAAGACAACGACGAAGCCGAAACAGCUCUACUAUCCAUUGACAUGAAGAGAAUCUACGCACCGCCAGAUCCAUACGCUUCAUCUAGUGGCGGUGAUACAUCCGGACCUGGCCAGCAAAGACAAGUCACGGCAAGGGUGCCGCUGAAGGAAAUGGUGGGGUAUCUAAAGCAUCUAAGGAGCCUCACUGGUGGAAGAGGAACGUUCAUCAUGAGUUUCGAUAGAUUCAAGGGUUUGUCUGGACGUAGGGAAAGAGCGUUGGAAAAGUAUUUUUGUACGAGUAGGAUACCGAGUAUAUAA